AUGGGCGGAAACGCCUUCAAACACCGCCUCUACACCCCGCGCAUCUCCGCAGCUCUGUACCGGCAGAUCCGGACGCAGGCAUCCGCCAUCCUCCGCACUUUCUUCACCCACGUCAUAGUCCCCACUGAACUCCCUUCCAAAAGUGACUUCGGCGACGUCGACUUCUUCGUUGGCGGCCCGCUGCCGCACGCCCUCUUCCCCAAUACCAAUGACUGCAAGCCAGACCUCUGGUCUACCGUCUCUGCGCUGAAAACCGCAUUCAUCACUCCCCACGGAUUCCAAGUUAAGUUAAACCUCGAUGUGAUUUUCCUCGCCGUCAUGCCGCUUUCCCCACCUGCCAUGCUUCGUGAGAGGGGGUUCUGGGUGCAGAUUGAUGUCAAGAUUUGCGGGUAUGGGAGCGAAAGUACGGCAGUAAAUGUGGAGAGGUUUCAGUGGGAGGUGUUCCAACUGCAUUACGCUUCCGUAGCGAAGAUUCUAGGGAGUAUGGUGAAGCCAGUGGGUUUGACUAUGGAUCCGGAGGGCUUAUGGGUUAGGGUUGAGGAGAUGGAGGGAGCGAAUUUUGGGGCGAGUAAGGUGUGGUUGACCGCGGAACUGCGGACGGUAUUGGAAGUCUUGGGACUAGAUGAGAGGGUUCUGAACAAAGGUUUCGGAUGCAAUAAAGAGCUCUUUGAAUACUUGUCAUCCUGGUGGCUCUUCAAUCCCGCGCAUUUUGUCGAAAGGCUCAAGAAUCGCGAGUAUAGGAAACGGCUUGAGGAGCGGGCAAGCUGGUGGCGCUAUUUCGUUAGUGAAUGGACCCCGAGACGUCUUCCUGAGAACCGAUUCCCGGCUUCAGACUCUGACCCAGCUAGAGCGGCCUCAGCCCACUGUCUUCUGGCCAACGCCGAAGGAGAUGCGGAUAUGGAUGUGGAUAUUGAUGUGGAUAUGAGCGAAGACUACGAAGAUCUCGCACAAUGGUACAAAUCCACGCGCACCAUCGUCCGCUCUAGAGUCUUCAGUAUGUUCCCACCAAACGUGCAAUCAGAGAUAUCGACAAGGUCUGGAAGAAGGAAAUGCUGA